AUGGCAAAAAAAAGCGAUAAGUAAGUUGGAAGUUUCUUAUAAGCUUUCAGUUUUUUUAAAUCAAAUUUUGAUUUUCUAUAAACUUUCGGACCACAGUUCACAUUUCUAUGAAGCUUUUGACCAAAUUUUGAUUUUCUUCAAACUUUUUGAACGAAUUUCAGUUUUUUGCAAAAUUAUUGACAAAAUUUUAGUUUUCUAUAAACUUUUGGACCAAGAAUCAAUUUAUUACCUAUUUUUCGACCAAAAACUUCAUUUUUCUUUAAAAUUUUAAAAAAUCAAAUUUGCCGCCUAAAUUGUAACCUUUUCGACCAACUUUGUGACCAAGCCUAACCUUUCAGAUGGUCAUUCACGAAGAACCGUCAACAAGAACGUUUCCAAGAAAAGGCCAAGGAAUGUGGGUUGGGCGAGUUUGAGUUGAAGGUAUUCGAUGACAGCAACAAGGAGGUCCAAAGCGCUAAGGUAAGGCUAUUUUUAAUCAUUUCUAUGAACUUUAUGACCAGAAAUUAGUUCAUCGACCAAAAAUGAACUUAUCGACCAAAAAUUAGCUUAUCGACCAGAAAUUAGCUUAUCGACCAGAAAUAAAUAGUUCGACCAGAAGUUUUUUUUAUUUUAUUGGGGAUUUUGUAGUUUUUAUGAACUUUGAACCAAAGUAUAAAAUUUUUUGUAUAAUAAAAUGGCAAAGUUUAAAAAUGACACUUGAAGGCGACGUUAAAUGGUAUCGGCAGUGUCCUCUACCAUGUUGGUGACGACUUGAAGCCGACUCAAGUCGAACGACAAGGUGCCAUUUGUAAUGGCCAAUGCGCACCAUUGGCCCAACAAGUCGACCACUCAAAAAGUCGACCAAACUCGCCAACUAAUGCGUAA